UUAAAAUUUAGUUACUGUAAUUAAUUUCUCAAUUUCAGUGACUUGGAAGCUUUAACUGCAAGUAAGCUGAUGUACUUUUAGAAAUCUUGUAAAUGGGUUAUUUUUCUCUUAGGAGAGUGUAGUAUUUGUUAAAAGCUUGUAUUUAUUCCAGUCAGUAAUAGACCAGAAGUCGUAGUUUCUUGAUAGAAAUUUACUUUCUGUGUAAAGAAAGAGCAUCAAUUAUUGUAUGAGUAAUCAAUACAUUUGGAUUUGCCUCAAAUUCCCAUCCUGAUUACAUAGCUUAAAGUUGUACAAAACUAUAUUACUAAAACCCCAUUUUUGAUUGGUACGAUUGUGGCAAUCCCACUGAUUUAAUUUGAAGUGCAUUUGUCACGAACUAUUGCAAAUAAAUUAGCUGGAAAGUAUGUUUUCUUUACUACGUAACAGUCAUACCAUGACUAUAACAUAAACAUUUAAAAUUGAAGACUUAGGAGUUUUAAGAGUCUUAAUCUGCAUUUUGGCUCCUGCAAAGUAGGUGUUGUUAAACAGCUCUGUGAAAGGACCUCUUUCUUCCCUCUAAACUCCCUGCCUCUAUGCAAACAGAAAACAUUGUGCCUCAUUUACUGUCAUGUGGCCAGUUCUGCAGUAAUAUAUGGCAGAUGUUUAGUCACUACUCAGAACUACCAGUACAGGUAUUUUAACAGCUUAGAAGAGGAAAUGAAGAAAAACACAAUAUUCAGUUAAAUGGGAGUGUAAUACAGGAGGAUAUUUUCAAAUUUUCAUGAAAAUGUGAGACUUAAGCAUUUGUAACUCUUACAGAAAACCGCCAUUGGCACUAAAAAUAACACUUAACCAUGCUCUUGGUUCAGUAUGUCAUCCAGAAAACGGUGCUGUCACUCUAACAGUAACUUUUAGGACAGUGUUAGUACUAGAUGUUGACAUUAUCAGACGAACAUGGUUUUAUCUAGCAGCAUUUGGCUGCUGAGGACUUUGGGUUUGUCUAGUUUGGGGAAAAACAGGCUGAGUGGCAACCUCAUUGCUCCUUACAGUUUCCUGAGGAGGGGAAGUGGAGAGAGAGGUGCUGGUCUCUUUUCCCUGGUAUCCAGUGAUAGGACAUAAAGAAAUCAUUCAAAGCUGCACGAGAGGAGGUUGAGACUUGACAUGAGGAAGAUUUUUUUUUACUGAGAGGGUGGUCAAACCUUGAAAGAAGCUUCCUAGAGAUGCUCCAAGCCUGUUGGACCUUAACACAUGCAUUAACUUGAUCAGCUCUGAAUUGAUCAGGCAAUUGGACCUAAAUAAUUGUUGUAGAUUCCUUACAACCAAACCUAUUCUAUUCUAUUCUAUUCUAUUCUAUUCUAUUCUAUUCUAUUCUAUUCUAUUCUAUUCUAUGCUAUGCUAUGCUAUGCUAUGCUAUGCUAUGCUAUUCUAUUGCUCUGUGUAUUGUUCUUUCAAAGUGCUUUCUUUGAUGGCUUUGUUCUCAGUGGAACUCAAGAAUUUAAGGUUUUCCUAAUCUCAUACCCCAGCACCAGCUGGUGCCACACAAGCAUCUAUGGCGUGUUAAUGGCAUGGUCAUAUGACAGAAGGAGGAAAUCAUGAUGUCAACCUCAUUCAGCUGAUGGUUUUUUUAGCUCACUUCACCACUGGGCCUUCUCAGUGGUCUGAACAAUUUUUUUUUUUUUUCAGACAAUGGGCUGUUCACUAUUUAUGUCUCUUUCACUGUUUGUUAUUCAUGCUGCCUGACUUUUAAGUCACAAACUGUUGAGUUUUUCUGUUCCUUGUUUAUAGUUGUUUACAGCAAUCAGAAGUCAGUCUCUCUUACUUGCCAACAUGGCAAACUCAGAGUGAACUUUCAGACAAAUCAGUAUUUGUUCCAAAAUUAAUUAAAAUAGUGGUAUCCAAGGAGAAUAUCCAGUUAAUUGCAGCAAUUUUACACAGCAUCCUCACCUAGCAGGAACAAAGGAGAAUAUGCAUCUGGCACAGCAAGUCCAAGCUGAGUGGAAGACGUUUGGUUUGGAUUCUGUUCAGUUAGUUCAUUAUGAUGUCUUACUCUCUUACCCUGAUGACACUAAGCCCAACUACAUCUCAAUAAUUGAUGAGCAUGGAAAUGAGAUUUUCAACACAUCAUUAUCUGAGCCUCCUCCUCCAGGAUAUGAAGCUGUUAGAGAUGUGGUGCCACCCUACAGUGCGUUUUCAGCCCAAGGAAUGCCUGAGGGUGAGUUAGUGUACGUGAAUUAUGGCCGCACCGAGGACUUCUUUAAGUUAGAACGUGUAAUGGGAAUUAACUGUACAGGAAAGAUUGUUAUUGCCAGAUAUGGGAAGAUCUUCAGAGGAAAUAAGGUGAAGAAUGCUGAAUUGGCAGGUGCCAUGGGAAUUAUUCUGUACUCUGACCCGGCUGACUACUGUGCCCCAGGAGUAGACCCCUAUCCAAAUGGCUGGAAUCUUCCAGGUGGAGGAGCCCAGCGUGGCAAUGUAUUAAACCUGAAUGGGGCAGGGGAUCCUCUGACACCAGGUUAUCCUGCAAAAGAAUACACCUACCGAUUAGACAAAAUCAGUGGUGUAGGUCUCCCAAAAAUUCCAGUUCAUCCUAUUGGCUAUUACGAUGCAGAGUCAUUACUGCGUAAUAUGGGAGGACAUGCACCACCUGAUAGUAGCUGGAAAGGAAAUUUGAAUGUAUCUUACAAUGUUGGUCCUGGUUUCACAACAAGUUAUUCUACAAGAAAGGUGAAAAUGCACAUUCAUAACAAUAACGAAGUAAGAAGGAUUUACAAUGUGAUUGGUACUAUCAGAGGCACUGUGGAACCAGACAGAUAUGUCAUCCUGGGAGGCCACCGUGACUCAUGGGUAUUUGGUGGCAUUGAUCCUCAGAGUGGGGCAGCUGUGGUUCAUGAGAUUGUGAGGAGCUUUGGAAAACUGAAAAAGGAAGGAUGGAGACCAAGGAGAACAGUGGUAUUUGCAAGCUGGGAUGCAGAGGAAUUUGGCUUGUUAGGAUCAACAGAGUGGGCUGAGGAAAAUGCCAAAGUAUUACAAGCACGAGGAGUGGCUUAUAUCAAUGCAGAUUCUUCAGUUGAAGGAAACUACACACUGCGAGUGGAUUGCACACCACUGAUGUACAGUCUGGUGUACAGUCUGACUAAAGAGAUACCAAGUCCUGAUGAGGGUUUUGAAGGAAAAUCUCUUUAUGAGAGCUGGUAUAAAAAAAAUCCAUCAAGAGAAUAUAAAGAGGUCCCCAGAAUAAAUAAACUGGGUUCUGGCAAUGACUUUGAAGUCUUUUUUCAACGUCUUGGCAUCGCUUCAGGCAGAGCACGUUACAGUAAAAAUUGGAACAUAGAAAAAUAUAACAGCUAUCCAGUUUACCACAGUGUCUAUGAAACCUAUGAAAUUGUGGAGCAGUUCUAUGAUCCCACUUUCAAAAAUCAUCUGACAGUAGCUCAGGUACGGGGAGGGCUGGUGUUUGAAUUGGCCAACUCUGUUGUGCUUCCUUUUGACUGCAGAGAUUAUGCGUCAGCUGUGAGCAACUAUGCUCACAUCAUCUAUAAUUUGUCAAGGAAUCAUGAAGAUGAACUGGCAACAUACAACGUAUCCUUUGAUGCUCUCUUUUCAGCUGUGAAGAAUUUUACAGAAGUUGCUGCUAGCUUUCAUGAGAGACUGCAACAAAUAGAUAUCAAUAACCUACUUGCUGUCAGAUCACUAAAUGAUCAGCUCAUGUUUCUGGAAAGGGCUUUUAUCGAUCCCCUUGGAUUACCUGGAAGGCCGUUUUAUAGACAUGUUAUCUUUGCUCCAAGCAGCCACAAUAAGUAUGCAGGAGAAUCUUUCCCAGGAAUCUAUGAUGCCAUGUUUGAUAUCGAAAACAAAGCUGAUCAACGUGAAGCCUGGGAAGAAGUGAAGAGGCAAAUUUCCAUUGCAGCCUUCACUGUACAGGCAGCAGCAGAAACACUGAAAGAAGUAGCUUAAAUAUCAACAACGUAAUCAUCAGUGAAGACAAAAUACAGAAUUUUGCAAGAAGUUUUAAAAAUGGAUCAUUGAAAAACACUAGGAGGAUUAUUACGAAGAACACAAAAUAAAAAAAAUCUUGUUCUUUGCAAAUAAUAUACCCAAGUGGAAUACAUUUAGCAAUGUUAACAAGGUAAUGUACUCCAUUCCGAGAGCUCAGGAUUUAGAUACCUUCUGAAGUGAGAGUGAAAAAGUUUCAGGUUUUCUCUCAGCUUUGUAUUUUAAGAAUUGCUAACCACUGGAUUUAUUUUCAUAGCUUUGAAUUUUGCUAGCUUGAUUAUUAUAGCAGUCUUCAUAGUGCAUCAGGAAAACAGAAUUAAUUUCAUGUUUCUAUCAGUUUAUAAUUUUGUUGUUGACUUUUUAUUAUUUACCUUGGGAUUGUAUCAUUCUACUCCAAGACAGACAUUUCAGCCCUCCUUUUACACAAAGACUCAUGUAUGAAAAUGGGAAAACUGUGACAUACCAUUUGUGGGAUGUAUAACGAUCAUAACAAGUUUUGGGCAGCCAGCCCAGAAUACUCAUCCAUGACAUUCUUCUUCUCACAUGCUGAACCUUGAAGCUGUUUGCAAAUAAAUUUAAGCAAGAAGCUUUCUAGUCACUAGAGUAAAAACAAGGCAGACAUAUAGUCAUCAUACAAAAUGUCUUUUGAGAAGACGACCUUCUUUUAUCCAAAAUCUACCUUUGCUAUGCCUUGUCCAUAUAAAGUUGUUUUUUGUAUGAAGACAAUUAGAAGCAAAAAAAAUUCAUCAUGUCCUUAGUUUGAAAGGAUACAAAAUUAUUGCCAUUUUGUAAAGUCUCUAUUUCUGAUUUUGGUGUGCUGCUUACUCUUAUGAUGGACUGCUUGAAAGAUCACAGUGAGGCAACUGAGAUCGGACAGAGAAGACUCAGAAAAUCAAAUCCCUUCAUCUGACAUUCUGCCCUGGAGGAUUAUUAACCUCUUGCACAGCUAAUAUUUUGUGUGAUAAAAACAUUCUACUCCCUAAAUAAUUUCUUUCUGUCAGUCUUCUAUGGAGUCUAGAUAUAGCCACUGGAGCUCCAUUUGUCAAAGGCUAUUCAAGGCAAAAAUAUUUGGUGUCAUAACUGGACAGCAAAUGCCAAAGCCUAUGUAGCUAAUUACUGAAGCUACCUGAUUUUUAGUCAGCUAUGCAAGCCAUAUGUCAAAAUAUAUGCAUGGAUGCAUAUGCAGCUGUCCUUUUCCUAUGUAUGUCACUAGGAUUAUGGCUUCUAAGCAGAAAGCAUAAAAUGAAAGAGUAGUUGCAUAUGCACUGAGAAAUGUAAUUUCACAUGACUCAGUUACUGGGAUAAUACAAAGAAGUAAGGGUCAUAUUUCAUAUUUAUGAACAAAAUCAGACCAACUGACAUUUGUCGACAAAUAGAGACAUCUAGUUCCUGCCAGACAAGUGGAGAACAAUGGUUAAAUAAAUAAUAUGCAUUCAAAGCAGACAAGUGGAGAAUAAUGGUUAAAUAAUAAGUAAUAUGCAUUAAAAGCAGUGUUAAUAAGUUCUUGCAAACUUUUUAGCUGCACUUUGAUUCUUGGAGCUCAAAAAACCAUCUGAACUAGCCACAUGAGCAUGGAAGUGUAUGCUUUGAAGGAGUUUAGUAAGGACAGGCCAGAUACAGGAAUAGCUCCUUUUUAAGCCAAUGUAUUUUUUGUUAGAUCUGCCAAGAUAUCUCAGGGGCAUAGCUGUUACCUAACUCGAUCCCUGAGUGUGAGAUCAAUUAAAUUAAAGAAUCUGGAAGAAGUGAAGUGAAAAAGGAGCAGUGUUUUUUUUUAAGAAAGUAUUGCUAUCAUAUGAUCACAAAUUGGAUACUGUUCAGGUUUUCCAAAUAACUCCAUACAAUGAUCAUCCUGUGCACUAAGUAUGCAAAUCAAAUGAAAUUAAAACAUACUCAUGUGUGUAAAAGGGAGAAAUUAUACCUUUUUGUAUUAAAAUGAAUCCUUGCUUUCAUGAAACCAGCAAUGUCAAUGUUACUUUAGCUGGAAAGUCUGUUUACCUCACUGAAUGAUUUCUGAAUUCCUCUUGUAGAAGAAAGAGUCAAAGUUUGCAAUCUGGACUUGUCAGCUGCCAGCAAUGUAAAUUUUAUUUUAGCUGGAAUCUGAUAAUGGACUCAUGAAGUUCAAGAUAACAAAGACUCUGACUCAAAGCAUCAACAUCUACUACCAUUUUAAACUGAUAGGAAGACUGCAGAGGCCGUGAGAGAGUUCAGGGGUCUGUGCAACUGGCAGAGUCAGAAGGAAACUACUGAUUUGAAAUAGCAGUUGAGCAUUCCCCUGUUGCCAUUUUUCCUGCCAGGGCUGCCUUUCCCACAAACCAGGGCCCUUUGAAUUCUCAAGCCACAAGUUCAACCUUUAGUUGAACAAUAGGUCAGGCAACGCAAUCAAGUAGCACGUCUUUCUUUCUGCAAAUGUUAAGCUUUAGGGCGCAGUUGCUGAGCAGUUACAACCUACAGUUUACAAGCCCUGGCAUUUUUCCUGUGUGUUAUGUGUUUUUAUGCACUAUUACUGGCUUUAGUAAUUGGCUGCAUAGCAUAAUUAUGUAUUCAACACACACAUGCAUGGUAGUUUUGCAUCUGGCAUGCGUAUCCUUGCCAUUCUUUGAACUUUUCUAUUUUACUAGGGAUUUAUGUAUUUUGACUAAGUAGAACACGUGUAGCUACCUGCAAGUUCUGAUAGCUUCAGCUGAACAUGAGGCUUGUUUUCACUCUCAGUGUGAGCAAAAAGUUAGGGAAGACUCCAUUGUAACUGCUGGGAUCAGUCGAUGUGCGAACCUGUUUUCUCUGCCAUAGGGACACCUAUUGGGUAAGAACCACACUCUAUGUGCACUGAAUACUUUUAUUUGGGAUUAAGCCUUGUCUGUGUAUUGCUUUGAAUACAUUCUUGCACUCAGGUAAUAUCACCGUCAGUCUUCGAACCAUAACCUGUCACAAUUUUGUAUUAAUAAAGAGCGUAAUUCCGUAACCCAUCAGCGUGAGUCCUUCACGGGUGCUGGCAGCUGCCAGCAGUGGGUAACACACUUGAAUAAGGUGGGAAGACCUGCUGAGGGGUCUCCCUUAUGCUGUUGGUGUAUUUCCCUGAAUAAGUCAGUCAAACUGCCCUCCAAUCCAGCAGGACUGUUCAGUGAAGGGUCCCCAUGAUGGGAUGCUGACAGACUAGUUGAGCACAAGGGUCUCAGCUUUCCUGGGGAACUGACAGAUGAAUAAAACACUGAGAAUCAAGGAAAACUCCCCACAGCAAGGGACAAGGAAAUCUCCCCUUUUCACAUGACAGUCAUAUAUGGCAACUCUGGCAUAGAGGAGUUGGGAGUGAAGGUUAAGCUAAAAAAAUGGAUGCAGUGGGGGAGAAGAUGUUGUUUUAAUUUUUGUCUUUGUUUCUCACUAUCCAAGUCUACUUUAAUUUGUAGUAAAUGAAAUUAUUUAUCCCUAAAUGGAAUCUGGUUUGCUUAUAAUGGUAAUUGACAAGCAAUGUCCUUGUCUUUAUUUCAACCCAUGACCUUUGUCAUCUUAUUUCCUGUCCCUGUCCUUUGUGGAGGGUAUGUGGUUGAAGACAGAUUUACACUGUAUGUUAUAUUGCAUUUAAUUGUAACAUAAUAUACUCCACCUGUGGCCAAUCUAUGGCAUGUAAGAACAUAUCACAACUAAUGACUAAUAUUAGGACUGUAUUUUAAGUGGUAGAAGCCACCUUGUUGCUGCUGUUAUUCAACCUCAGCAUUGCUAAUGCCCUUGUCACUUUAAAAAGAUGUAGGCAUAGAAAUAAAUACAUUUCAAACAUU